AUGCCUAAACCAAAGACCCUUCAAGUCGCGGCCGUUCAGGCAUCGCCCGUGAGCUUCGAUCUCCAGCUCAGCCUCAAUAAACUGCAAAAAUUGGCCGCAGAAGCUGCCUCGGCAGGUGCUGAACUAAUUGUGUUUCCCGAGGCUUUCCUCUCAGCGUACCCUUGGCGAUAUGCGUUUGAUGCCACAAUUGGAACCCGAGAACCACGAGGAAGAAUUUGGUAUGCAAAAUAUUACGAUUCGGCUGUUGCGAUCCCGUCUCCUGAAUUUGAUGUCUUGCGCGAUACUGCCGAGAGGAACAAAAUCAUGCUAUCUGUGGGCAUCAUUGAGAAGGAAGGCGGGACUCUCUACUGUACAGCCGUGUUGAUAGGGAAAGACGGCAAGCUGCUUACCCAUCACCGCAAGCUUAUUCCCACUGCCGCGGAAAGACUUGUGUGGGGUAGAGGAGCUGGUGAUGGCCUUCAAGUUGUGGAUACGGAAUUCGGAAAGAUGGGAGGCUUGAUCUGUAUGGAGAAUUAUAUGCCCGCAGCCAGACUGGCAUUAUACCAGCUUGGGAUCGAAAUAUACAUUGCCCCGCAUGCAGACGAUUUGCCUUCUUGGGUAGCUUCGAUGCAGCACAUAGCCAAAGAAGGACGCUGCUUCGUAAUUUCAGUCAAUCAGUUCUGCAAAGUCUCUGAUUUCCCAGCCGAUUAUCCACCAUUCACAGCCGAUCACCAUGACCGUAACCCAGCAGGAUCGAAGUGGGUAGCAGAUGAUAUCUUGAACCAUGGCGGCUCUUGCAUUGUCGGACCGUUGGGAACGUUCAUCGCUGAGCCAGUUUGGGACAAGGAAGAGAUCAUAUAUGCUACGCUGAACUUACCAGAUUUGACAGAAGCUAGGAUGGACUUUGAUCCUGUAGGAAGCUAUUCUCGUCCUGAUAUAUUCACAUUAACCGUGAAUAAAAAAACGGGGGUCAGUGUUUCAUUCACCGAAUAA